AUUUACAUCAGGAUUGAAAAUAAAAACUGCAACUUUUUUACUGCAAACAUUGCCGACGAAAGAUCCAAGUUGAAAAAAUAUCAGGCGUGAAACUACGUGGCAUUAGCCGGAUCGGAUUAAAGUUUGUGUGGCGUUAGUGAAGUGAUUUUGAGUUGCAUUUGUUGGUGUCGCCUAUGUGAAAUGGCGCGGGUUGACCAAAAAGAGGUAUUAAGAGUAGCAGAAGAUUUUGUUGAUGAGGUUUUGCGUUACGGAAAGCACAUACUUCCCACUCUUGCUCGAUUGUGUUUGGUGAGCACAUUUUUGGAGGAUGGCGUGCGCAUGUGGAUGCAAUGGGGAGAACAAAGAGAUUAUAUGGAUGUCUCCUGGGGAAUCGGUUGGUUCCUCGGUUCGUGCUUCGUCUUCAUAAACCUCUUCGGACAGAUAAUCGGAUCUUUGAUGGUGCUCGCUCGUUUCAAAGUAGAUGCUGCCUGUGGACUGCUCUUCUUCAUUGUUUUUCUACAGACCAUAGCAUACAGUAUUCUCUGGGAUCUUCACUUCUUAUUGAGAAAUCUUUCCCUGGUUGGAGCCCUCUUGCUGUUGAUAGCCGAGAGCAGAAUUGAAGGAAAGAGCUUAUUCGCUGGGAUUCCAACACUAGGAGAAAAUAAACCGAAGAACUACCUUCAGCUGACAGGACGCAUCCUUUUGGUGGGAAUGUUUAUUACCAUCCUCAAACUGGAAAUGAGUGUCGGUCAAGCGGUUCAAAAUCUUAUAGCCUCCGCCCUGAUGGUCCUAGUCACGGUCGGUUACAAAACAAAGCUCUGUGCACUGCUGUUAGUCCUGUGGCUGUCCUGCGUCAAUUUCUAUUCCAAUGCAUGGUGGACACUUCCCUCCUAUAAACCCAUGAGGGAUUUUUUGAAAUAUGACUUUUUUCAAACUCAAUCUGUCAUCGGUGGCUUACUGAUGGUAGUGUAUCUCGGUCCGGGUGGUGUCAGUAUGGAUGAGCACAAGAAAAAAUGGUGAAUGUUCCCUUUCCUCUUCCCCCCAUUCAAUUUAUUUAAUGUCUCAUUCCCCCCUUUUCCCAUUGUCUUUAAAAGAAAAUUGUGAUGCGUCAAUAAACAAAUUUUGAAGAAUUUUUAUAUUUUUAAA